CAUUGCCUCAGCAAGAAGAUAGACAGGUGGUGCAGAGCUCCUGCCCGGAUUGAUUGGAAAGGGGAGAAAACCUGUAACCACCCCUCGGCAAUAUGUCGCACAUAUUUGCUUAUGCAUUUUCAGUGCUCACCAAGGUCAGGAAAGUUGUCAGAGUCCCAGAAUCUGUAAUCACAGAGGUUUGUGCAUAACAUGAAUGCCCAGUGCCUACAGAAGCCAGGAGAGGACAAUGGAUCCCCUGGAACUGGAGCUGUGCAUUGCUUUAUCUCCCCUGAGUCUCCUGCUAAGCUUUACUGCUGCUAUGGAGUGAUCACAGUCCUCAGUGCAGCUGUUGUUGCUCUUUCUGUUGCUUUGUCAGUAAGAACUACAGAACAGAUCUCAAUCAAAAAUAUCUAUGCUGCUUGCCCGACCAAAUGGAUUGGAUUUGGAAAUAAAUGUUUUUAUUUUUCUGAAGACUUAAGUAACUGGACAUCUAGCCAGACCUUCUGCAGGGAACAAGAGGCCCAACUAACUCAAUUUGACAACGUGGAGGAGCUAGAGUUCCUAAAGAGAUACAAGGGGAUUUUUGACUACUGGAUCGGCCUGCACAGAGAGUCCUCAGAGGGCCCUUGGAGGUGGACAGACAACACUGAGUAUAACAGCGUGGUUCCCAUCCGAGGAGUGGAAAGAUAUGCCUACCUGAACAACAAUGGGAUCAGCACUGCCAGGAUCUAUGCAGAUCGAAGAUGGAUCUGUAGCAAGCUCAACAACCAUAGCCUCCACUGCCAGAUUCCUUUUUCUUCUGUGCAGCUUUAACCAAGAGAUGCUUCUUAGUCUGUUAUCUAUGGGUGUUACUCUUUCCCCUACUGUCCCACAUUGCUAUCAAAACGGAUUACGAAUAUUUUCUAAAAUCACAAAUGAAAAUCAUCUUGGAGAGCUGCACAUACAGGAGUUUACAAGAUCAUAGAUGAUUCUAAAAGAGAUAUUGGCACUCAUUCCUUAAGCCUAAAGUACAACUAACGUUAAUGACCCCCACUUUUAUAAUAUGAAGUUUUUGUGUAGUGAACUCCUUCUGAAUUUAUGAGACCACAAAAGAUGAGUCCUCCAAUGUGCAUGUGACCUUUAAAAAUGAAAGCAGAUUGGCUGGAGUGGUGACAUGCAUCUGUAAUCGCAGUUACUUAAGGGUUGAACCUGGAGGGUCACGGUUUCACGAGUGGGGACUGAAAGCAUGGAAAUGCCUUAAUAAUGAUAGGGAAGAUGAGAAUCAGUCUGUAGCAUCCCAUAACUUGGAGAAACAUAGUACACACACUUUUCAAAAUUCAAACCAACAUACAGAACAAUUUAAAAAGUGUGUGAAAUUAAGAUUUACUUCACACUCUGCAAUUUAAAUCAUGAGGCACAUUGGCCAAAUGUUUCUCUACUUUAGUUUUCAAUAUUCCUGUUUCCAAUUAUAUUGUUCUAAGCAUUCAUAUAAUUAUUUACUUAUCCUGUUCUAAGUAUAAUGCAUUUUAUAAGCAAAUGCCAUUUUAAUUUCACCAUUUUAUUGGAUUUGUUUUACAUCGAAUGUGAGUUAAACUCCUUAAGCAUCUAAUACUUAACUUUACACUAGCAUGUAUAUUAUUGGGUCUUUAAAAAUCUAUUUAAAAUCUUACAGAGUUAGCUACCCCAUACCGAUGAGUCCCAAAAAGGAUGAAAUAACCAGUUAAAAAGCAUCUCCUGAUCUCUUCAUCCCUUCUUCUUUUAAAAGACUAUAUAUCUACUUGACAUGCCAAAGGGGAGGUGAUAUCUAUGGGAGGUCUUCAGGUCUCUGAGGAGAAAGGGAUGGAGAAAUGGGGGAAGCAGAGGGGAGAGGCACAUAUGGGAAGGGAGAAGGGAAGGGAAAUUAACAAAAGAAUGCAAAAACUCUACAUUUGUACUGACUUUAUUUAUGCUUAUUGCUUGUAAAUAUGUAUAUAUUUGCCCUACUUCUGCUAGGCAGUUAACACAGAGACAGCACAGGCAGAGAUCAGACAGGACCAGAAGGGAUCAGCUCCCUGCUUACUAUGAGUGGCCACGUGGAUGCUGGAAAUGGAGCAGGAACAGGCGCUCCUAACUGCUGAGCCCUCUUUCCAGCCUUCUUGUCUCCCUUUUAUUGGCACUGCUGAUCAAGCUUUGCAAAAGUAGCCAGUAGUUUCCUGCAGCUUUUGUAAAUUUUAUUUUCUUUUAUGAAUGUGGGUGCUCUUGUAUUUAGAGCAUAUAUGUUCAGAAUUGAGAGUUCAUUGUGGUAGAUUUUUCCUUUGAUGAGUAUUUAAUUUCUUUCUUUAUUUCUUCCUCGACCAAGUUAUCAUUGAGUAGAAUGUUGUUCAGUUUCCAUAUUUGUGUGGACUUUCUGUUGUUUUUGUUUUUAUUGAAGACCAGCCUUAGCCCUUGGUGAGCUGAUAGGGUGCAUAGAAUAAUUUCAAUCUUCUUAUGUCUGUUGAGGUCUGUUUUGUGACCCAGUAUGUGGUCAAUUUAGGAGAAGCACUGUGAGGUGCUGAGAAGGUAUAUUCUUUUGUUUUAGGAUAAAAUGUUCUAUAGAUAUCUGUCAAAUCCAUUUGGUUCAUAACUUCUGUUAGUUCCACUGUUUCUCUGUUUAGUUUGUGUUUCCCUGAUCUGUCCAUUGAUGAGUGUGGGGUGUUGAAGUCUCCCACUAUUAUUGUGUGGUAUGCACUGUGUGCUUUGAGCUUUACAAAGUUUCUUUUAUGAAUGGGUGCCCUUGUAUUUGGAGCAUAUAUUUUCAGAAUUGAGAGUUCAUCUUGGUAGGUUUUUUUUCUUUGUGAGUUUGAAGUGUCCUUCCUUGUAUUUUUUAAUUGCUUUAGGUUGGAAGCCAAUUUUAUUUGACAUUAGAAUGGCUACACCAGCUUGUUUCAUGGGACCAUUUGCUUGGAAAAUCGUUUUCCAGUCCUUUACUCUGAGGUAGUGUCUGUCUUUGGGGCUGAAGUGAGUUUUCUGUGUUCAGCAAAAUGUUAGGUCCUGCUUAUGUACCCAGUCUGUUAGUCUUUUUUACUGGAGAAUUGAGUCUAUUGAUAUUAAGAGAUAUUAAUGAGAAGUGAUUGUUGCUUCCUGUUAUUUUUGUUAUUCGAGUUGGAGUUAUGUUAGUGUGUCUCUCUUUUUGUUUUAUUAAAGGAUGAUUAAUUUCGUGCUUUUUCUAGUGUGUAGUUUCCCUUCUUUUGUUGGUGUUUUUCAUUCAUUCAUUCAUUCAUUCAUUAUCCUUUGGAGAGCUGGAUUUGUGGAAAGAUAUUGUGUAAAUUUGUUUUUGUCAUGGAAUACCUUGGUUUCUCCAUCAAUGGUAAUUGAGAAUUUUGCUGGGUAUAGUAGUCUAGGUUGGUAUUUGUGUUCCCUUAGGGUCUGUAUGAUAUCUACCCAUGAUCUUCUGGUUUUCAUAGUCUUUGGUGAGAAGUCUGCUGUAAUUCUGAUAAGUAUUCCUUUAUAUGUUACUUGUCCCUUUUCCCUUACUGCUUUUAAAAUUCUUUCCUUGUUUAGUACAUUUGGUGUUUUAAUUAUUAUGUGAUGAGAGGAAUUUAUUUUCUGGUCCAAAUUAUUUGGAGUUCUGUAGGGUUCUUGCAUGGUCAUUGGCAUCUCUUUCGUUAAGUUAGGGAAGUUUUCUUAUAUAAUUUUGUUGAAGACAUUUACUGGCCCUUUAAGUUGGAAAUCUUCACUCUCCUCUACACCUAUAAUCCUUAGGUUUGGUCUUCUCAUUUUGUAUUGGAUUUCCUAGAUAUUUUGGGUUAGGUGCUUUUUUUACAUUUUUCAUUUUCUUUGAUUCUUGUUUCAGUGCUUUCUAUUUUAUCUUCUGCCUCUGAGAUUCUAUCUUGUAUCUCUUGUAUUUUGUUGUUGAUACUUGAAUCAAUGACUCCUGACUUCUUUCCUAGGUUUUCUUGUCCAUUGUUGUUACACUUUGUGAUUUUUUUUUAUUAUUUCUACCUCCAUUUUUAGAUCCUGGAUGAUUUUGUUCAAUUCCUUCACCUGUUUUGUUGUACUUUCCUGUAGUUCUUUAAGGGCUUCUCCCUGUUUACUUGUGUUCUCCUGUAUUUCUUUCAGUGAGUUAUUUAUGUACUUCUUGGAGCCCUCUAUCAGCAUCAUGAGCUGUGAUUUUAAAUUCAAAUCUUGCUUUUUUGGGUGUGUUGUGGUAUCCAAGACUUGCUGUGUGGGAGAAUUGGGUUCAGAUGUUGUCAUGUUGCCCUGAUUUCUGCCGGUAAUGUUCCUGUAUUUGCCAUUUGCCAUCUGGUUAUCUCUGGUGUUAGUUGGUCCUGCUGCCUUUGGUGGGUGCUGCUCCCUCCUAUGUGCCUACAAGCCUGUCUCAGCACUGACAAGCAGACAAGAGAGAGAUCAAGCAAAUUCUUUUAAAUAAACAGUAAAAAUUUACAGUUGAA